UCAGAGAUCUGCAGAUGAAAAUCAGAGUCUUAAUCGUCCAACAGAAAAAUCUGUAACAAAAGGGGCUGAUAAACCCUUGAUAGACCCGAAUCCUGAUCAAAUCGAAAUGAGAAUAGGGAGUACAACUACAAGGAAUGUUCCUGAGUCUGAAAAACCUCUCAGCCCAGCUGCUCUAAUUGACACAAGUGAAAUCGAUGCCAAAGGACAUACAGAGUUGGACCAGAGUUCUCCAAAUCAUCAAGCUGGUUGUGGAGAAAUGCAGGCAGUGGAAGCUGAUAAAAGAGACAUCACCACAAGUGACCCAAAACCCUAUGAUAUAUAUCUGGUGUCCUCUAAACAAACACGUCAAGUCAAGCAGAUUAAGGAUAUGUGUACAAAAAAUGGAUGGAAUUUUACAACAUCAUUUGGCGGUAAGCUUGGCAUGCCAGUGAUGCAAAGUAUAGAGGAAGCUGUCCUGACAUGCUCACAUGUUGUCUUGGUCAUCACCGAGGAUGACUGCUCAACCAAAAUGGGAGAGUACAACAUGACAAUUGAGAUGGCUUUCGAAUCUGUAAAGAAAAAAGAGUUAAGAAGUAAAGUUAUACCUAUCCGAUGUUGUGAUGAAGAUUGCAUCCCGGUGCGGCUCAGGUGGCUGCGUAGUUCACAUAUUGAUGAUGAUGACCUAGAAGAGAGAAUGAUCAAAACUAUUGGCAAGGAGAUCAAGAGGGAAGGAGAAUCCCAGGGUCAUUCUGUGUCAGGUGUGAGAUAUGGAGCAGAUGACAGAGGAGGAGCAGGUGAGAUAAAUGGAGCAGAUGACAGAGGAGGAGCAGAUGAUAGGGGUGGAGCAGAUGACAGAGGAGGAGCAGAUGAGAGGGGUGGAGCAGAUGACAGAGGAGGAGCAGAUGAGAGGGGUGGAGCAGAUGACAGAGGAGGAGCAGAUGAGAGGGGUGGAGCAGAUGACAGAGGAGGAGCAGAUGAGAGGGGUGGAGCAGAUGACAGAGGAGGAGCAGAUGUGGCAGGUGGAAGUGACAAUGCAUCAGGAAAUACAGUCCUGACAGACAUCUUCUUCAUGGAUCUCGCCAAGGAGAUAGGUUCUGAAUGGAAAGAUCUUGCAAUAAGACUGGGAUUUUCUAAGCCAGAAAUUGAACGUAUGGUCGAGAGUGAGAGAGAUAUUAAGUACCGUACUCUGUACAUUCUCCAAUGCUGGCGGCAGAGAACACAGAUCAAGAAUGACAGGGAGAAAGUAGAGGUGCUUUGUAAUGCCUUGAUCAAGUGUAAGAGGGAUGAUCUUUCAGAGCAAGUGCAAUCAGGUGCUAUUGAAAGCUAUUAAAGGCUAAACCGCGGCUGUUUUGUUAAUGAUGACGUAAUGUGUAAUAUGCUUCACAUUUCUGACUCUUAUAACACGUACCUCAGUGAUGACGUGCAAGUCCUUUAUAGUUCUUUAUUGUGUGUCAUUGCCAAUCAUUUCAUAUGUUUAAAUGCCACAGUUUUGCCGGUUUACCACACCAUAUCUGAACCAACCUAAAUUCAUGUACUUAUCCUUCAAUCAAUCAGAACUUUACAAUAAUUACUUACAAUUAUUUUUAUUUUCCAGAUAGAUUCAAUGCAUAUGUGGUUAAGAUAAAAUUUGAUUGGAGCAAGAUUGCAUAUGUAAUCGAUUUUAUAUUGAUUGUAGAGUCGAUUCUCAUGUUACAGGACCUUGCAAUCUUCUAAAUGUGAGCUUCUCAACUAUAUUUUUCACUGAAAAAAUAUAUCAUUCAAACUUGCUUUCCAAUAGAUCUACUUUUAUUUGAUAGUUGUUUAAUUUUGUCUAUUUUCAUGUAAAACUACAUUAUGUGCCAAUACAUGUCCCAUAGUAAAGGUUAAUUAGGCUAAUGUUGUAAACACAAAGAUUAGACAAUGACAUUAAGCACCAUCUUAGUGAAUUAUUUGUAUGUUAUCCUGCCUGAGCAACUAAUACUUUUAUCUGUAAAGAUCGGUCCUAGGUCAUUUAUCCAGAGUGUUGAGUGUUUUUACAGUAAAGGUGAUUAAUGGAAUUAUCUCUAAAAAAAAUAUUUUUUAAUGAUGUGUAAAUAGAUUUAUUGAUAAUGAGGGUAAGGAAAAGCUGUGAUUUCUUGACUUCCUAGAUAUAAUCAUAGUUAUGUACAAUAUACCCACAUCAUUUUUAAAUGUUUAUAAGUACAACAUGGUCUUAACUUAAAUGAAUAGCUUAUUGAUUGUAUUCAUGAUCAGGUUUAUUUUUUGUAACUCACUCAUUGCUGUGACUGUAUUUCAGUAAUCAUUGUUUCCUGCAGCUGAUUUUGUUAUCAAUACCAUCAGUACUCUAAUUAAGUGCACCAUGCAUGUCACAGAUAAAGUAGAUAUUCCUUUCCCUUGCUUCAUCUGUUUGUCUUUGUAACUGAAAUAACAUUUCCAUUGAAUAGUUUAACCAUUUGUCAUAUACAACCUUGUGAAGUGUUUGUCAUCAAUUGAAUUGUUUAAUGUAAUGCACAUUUUUAAAAAUGUGUCUAAAGGGGUUGAACAAAAAGAUAUCCUUAAUUUUCUCAUUUUUUGAUAUGUUUAUGAGAGUAGAUAAGCCCAAUGAAGUGAUUGACUGAUAUCUGAAGGGAUUGAAAAUAGAUUCCCUUGAAUAGCUGUCAAAUGUUUUAUACACUUAUGAGAGUAGACGACCUCAAAAAAGUUUGCCCAACAAUUAAUGCUUGUAUUUACCUGAAGGAAAGUUUUGCUGUUGGUAUUUUGUAUUAUGGCAGAAUCAUGUAUGUAUUAAAUUGUGCCCCAAAGAUCUUACAAUUCACAAAUAAGGUUCAUAUUCAAAGGUCUGAGAAUAUAGCAGUAAACUGGGAAUUCCCUUAGGAAAAUAAUGCAUUAAAAAAUAGAUUUGUAUGGCCUGACAAAUGAAGUCAAACCUUCUUUUUAAAGUUGAUGGGAUAAUAUAUUGUUGGUUUCUUCUGAGACGAUCUCGAUGCACCAGGAAGGUUUCCACAACUUAUGAUAACUUUAUUAAUACAUGUAAUUGGGAGUACAUGAUGUUGAGGUUAGUUUCUUAACCUUUUGACUAAGUUCUUACCACAUGAUCAGUGUGAGAUACUUGCCUACAUGUAAUGUAGUUUGUAUUUCAUGUUUUAUCUGUGUAAUGUAUAAGAUUAUUAACUGGACAUGUUAGACAUUUAUCCUAUUCUUUUAAAUCUAAAACUCCAUGUUAAAAAUACAAGUUAUUUUUUGAGAGGAUGUUAGUUUUAGUUUAUGUCGUCACACACAUGUUGACCUACAACUUGUAUAUUUUAUCCUACCGUAGUUUAGUCAUUUUAUCAUGAAAUGGUUUAAAGUGAAAUGUAAAUUGUUGUAUUCAUGGUGGUGUAACCUCAAGACUGUUGAUCUUGCUUAUUACAGCUCUACUGUAAACAGUAACUCACUUUUUAUACUGAUAUGUAUUUUUAAGAGUAGUUUGUAAUUAUGUAAUUUUUAAAGUAUACAUUUAGGAAUAAUAGAAUGUGUCUUAUGGUAGAAUUGAAAUAUACUCAUACUAAAAGUAA